CGAAUGAUGAGUUCGGCUAAUCCAGGGGGUCUGGGAGGACUUAGUGGCACGUUCAAGUCGUACACCUCCGCUGGCACACCGGAUCGUUCCAAGAAGAGGAAGCAGAAGCAGAGGAAGAAGAAGCAGAAGAAGAAGGCCGCUGGACCGAACAGCGCGUGAUUUUUCAGAAUGAGCUGACGUUUGUGAUCGUGGAGAUGCUUCUGCUUAGGAGCCGCCGUGUCCAGCCACUGAGCGCAGCAGGGGUGGUCAGGGGUCCCAGGCCCCGCCCCGGGAGUGCGGGGAGACUCGAAGCUCGCUCCGUCCCACCACCUUGGGAGCUAGAAGUGCGUGUGCGCGCGUGCUGCCCCCACAGACAGCUCACCCGUGUAAGCUGCCAUGGUGUCUGAGCCGUUGCUGAUCAUCACCGUCCGUUGCCACCCAGAGCCGCCUUCGUGGCCCAAGCGCAGUCCCAGUCCCAAGGUUUGUUGCCUAUUCUGUUCUCUGGCGAUCUACAUCUUUCUCGCAUAGCAAUGACGGGGCCAGGAACGCAUCCUAUGAUCUUUGCCAUGUUUCAAAUUAUGUUCGCAGCGCGUGCUGAGCGUUUGAUGAGCAUGCUUGGCAUUGGUGGACGCGCUGAUGAGACGCUUCUGGAGGACAGCCAUGGCAAGAACUCGAUUUGGCCCUUGGCUGCUUUCGAGGAUGACACCAUGUGCCCCGUUUCAUGUGCUGGAGUGCCGCUGGGGGAGCUCCAAUCAGACCUUGACAUCAUUCCUUCCGCCCAAGGUUGUCAAGGAACCCCCAAGCAGCACCUUCCUGACUGCCCACGCGAAGGGGGAAGUAUGGACACCCAGGCAGGCGGGCAUGCUGACAGCUUUUACAAACUCACUAAAGGCCGCGUGGCCAAGUUAUCUGAGGCGUUCGAGUCGAAUCUCAAAGCAAAGCAUAUUUUCCGUGGGAAGGUGGAGCUGAUGUCGUACAUGGAAAUGUGGUGCCUUACCAAGUUGCAGCGGCAUCCACCAAGCCAAGACCUGGCCGAAGUCACGCAGCACAAACUUUCAGGAUUUGUCGAUGACAAUGCAUUUGCACCAUCGUUUUUCGGCCUCUGUAAAGUUGGCACCGGCAAGCAGGCGAAGGUUUACCUUGUGAUGGAGAAUUUGAUGCGCGACUUCAUGAAGCCGUGCAACUUGGACCUCAAAUUAGGAUAUCAGACUGCUGAGCCGGAUGAAAUGAAAACAAUGGGCUGGAUGAAGAGCAUUGGCGUGAAGGCGAUGGCGAGAGAUGAGAGUUCAAAGACCCCUGGCGUGCGCGUUGCUGGCUGGAGCAUCCCUGAUGCCUUCUCGGGGGAAGUUGUGAAAAUGGGGAAGAUGGACACGAGGCCUGACGAUUUCAUCGAAAAGAGCGUGUCGCUGCCAGGGCACAAGUGGGACAAGGCGCUCCUCAGGUCUUUCCGGGAGAGGGUGCACGACAUGCGCGCGAUGUGGUUGUCGUCUGGCGAGGAUACGCGCAGUGUAGGUUUGAGCGCGUUGCUUGUGCAUGAGUGCGGUCCGGUCGGUCAGGGACUGGAGAUCGCAGAGUUGCGCAUCGACCCCGACGGGCCCGGUCUGAGUAUGGAUUUGCCGAACAGUUUGCGAAGCCCUGAAGUGUUUGCAAGCAUAUCGUUCGACCUACCAGGUGGCAUUGUAUCAAACGAACCGAAGAAGUACAAAGAUCCCUAUUUCGGCGCGUCGGGCGAGUACACGACCAGACGGAUUGCUGCGAGCUCGAAGCCUGCAUUUUCGACCGCAUUCAGCUUGCGGCAUCAAGUGAGCGUCGAUGGGACGAAGGCCCCUGUAGGAAAAAUGAAAGUAGAAAUUGUGUGGGCCGGCACAAAGCAAGGGGAGACCAAGCAGCGGGUUGUCUAUGGCCCUGCUGGCACUGCAGAGAUUCCGAUUCCUGCUGCUGGCGAGCACUGUGUUGACUUGACGGAUUUCGUUGAAGCGCCCCGUCCGCGGGUUUGCUUUACUGUGCGCGCUGGGAGGAUCACAGUGCCAGCUCCGCCAGUUCUCAAGCUCAUUGACUACGCACACUUUUACCCGGUUGACUCGGAAAGAGGCAGCCAGUGGCGCGACAAGAGCGACGGCGUCGGUGCGGGCCUGGCGACCAUGGAGAGAGAGCUUGUAAAGUAUUUGUGAAGCGACUUCGCGGUCCCUGGUCAGCCAGUUCCGUCCAGCAGGAGUAGGAUGAGUAGGAGCAGGACUAAGAAAAAAGGAUAUCUAGACAUCCACGGGACAGCUGUCAUACACCAGUGAGGGCGGCGAGACUUCUUCAGGGUGACUGAGCGGGGAGUGACUAUUCACCUGCUGCGUGGACAGAA